AUGUUUUUUGUGUCGUUAACUGGGUGUCACGCUGACAGUCACAAAGACCUGCAACUGGUGUCAAGCACACUCCAUCUCCAAGUACCACCUCGGCCGCCGCGGGUGUACGCCGGAGCCCUCGGUGUGGCGGUGACCAGAGUGAGGGCGGUUGAUGACCACCACAACAACGACCAACAGACAGUCCGCUACUCCCUCUACGAGUCACCGGUUACUGACUACAAAUACUUCACUAUAGACGAGUACGGUGGCAACAUUACCACUGCCAGGUACCUUGAGCGGUUGGUCGGGGAGCAGUACAGGGUGAUCGUGGUGGCUAUGAUGUCUGGUAACGCUAAUAACACCGAACUGACCAUCUUUGUCACCCAUUAUAACCAGUACGACCCCAGGCUGUCUCUACAACACUACAG